UUGCCUAUUAAACAUUUUACAGUAGUCUUAAUGUGAGUCUUUAUUGUCAAUAUAGUAUAUGUUUGACUGACAAAAUAGUUCUUGUGAAUUUGUCACUAAGUUAAAGCUUGAGCACUCAUGUGACAGUCACACCGUUAGUGACUGACCAAAGGUCGCUCUGUCUUUCUUCCUACCCAUUCCUUUCACCAUGGCUCUUCGACACAACGUCUUGCUUUUUCUUUGCAUUUUACCUUUUACUAAUGCACUCUACAAGCAAUGGAUUCCAGAUACCAAUUUUGAAAACGCUACCAAUUGGGAUAAAGGCUCUGUACCCUGCGGUAACGACCAAGUGGUGUUUUUAGCUCAGAGGAAAGUAUCAGUGUAUGUAGAAACGGCUCACACUAUCACUGGAAUGAGCUUGCCGGUGGAUGGAGAACUGAUUCUGGCAUCUGGCGCUGGGUUUACUGUAAGAGAGGGUGGAGAUCCUGGUUGUGGAUCUGGGGUCACGGCACACUUUAAAGACCCAGAAUCUCGGAAAUGGUUUGACCCAUCGCUGUGGGUGGCUGCGACCACAAUCGACGACUUACACAGAGGCACAUAUCAGUUUUCAGUUCACGAGGAGAGUGUCCCGUGCCAGUAUGACGACGUGGUAUUUCGAGAGGCCACCUCAUUCCGUGUGGACGUUUCAUCGGAUCAUGACGUGCCUGUGAAGAGUGUGUCUGUACUUGGGAAGAAGUUCACCAGCAGCUCUGAGUUUUCUCAGUACUUGUCAUCCAAUUCCGCCAAGCUGCAGUUCCAUGGCUCCUCAUCCCUUAAAGUUGGCGGUUCAAGCUGUGACGAUAUCACGGGGUGCAUUUGUGACAACUCUGGAAAUCGAGACAGGAUCUGUUCAAAUGUGAAAUGCGAUUCGUUGGAGUGCAAGAAAGCCUUGCACCCAGUGGGACACUGCUGCAACGUUUGUGGUGCCGUCGUGAACGUUCAGUUCUCUUCGAGCUUCAACUUUGAGUCGUAUCGCCAGCGUCUGCAGCACCUCUUUCUCAGCCAGCAUAAAUAUGAAUCUGUACAGAUGGCCAUGUCGAAAGUAUCAAAAGAGCAGAGGCUGCUGCGAGUGAUUCCUUUCGGAGUCACUCAGGAGAUUCAGGUGUUGCUUCUGGACCAGAAAACAGGUCAGGAAGCCGGGAAGCUGGCAGAAGCUGUCGCUCGAGACGUAGUGCAGGAUGUGCACAACCACGGCUUGAACAUCGGCAUCACCAGCGCGGAGUUCCAGGCGUCAUCCGGGGCAAGCAGCAGCGAAGUGGCUGGAAACAGUGCAGGGGUCGUGGUGGGUGCAGUGCUGGGCUCCCUGCUUGGAGUGGGUCUACUUGCAGGCGUUGUUAUGCUCUACCGUCGCGGCAUCGUUAAGAUACCCAGAAUGCCCAGCAUCCCCUCACUCAGCAAGUGGAAGAACAGUAGUGAGAUUGGGGAGCUUGGUGGCCCCUUGGACCACGGCUUUGACAACCCCAUUUUUGACAAACCGACUAUGAUGCCUGAGGAACCAGGGCUGUACGGGACAGAGAUGAUAAACUCGAUAACCCUAACUCAGUCAGGAGUGCAUUUCGUAAAUCCUGUUUAUGAUGAAACUGAUUUCAAUGCAUGAGCGGUGUAGUAUCAGCUGAUCUGAUGGGGGAUGUGAUGACAAAAUCAUGUGAAUAAAACUUUAACAGCUUAACAUAACAAUCCUUGAUGAAUUAAUCUCAAAAUGACACAAAUUGAAAAAAAAAAGUUGUUAGAGUGCUUGUGGUAAAAUAAAAUACACUACUGUAUGUUGCUCACAUGCUGAAUUUCAUACCACAUAAUCAUAUUUCUCUUAAUAAAAAAUUGCAAGCA